AUGGCCCUACAAUUCAACUUUCUCCUCUUCGCAAGUCUCUUAUUUAUUGCUUCUACUUGUUUUCAUGCUAGGUCUGAGCAACCCAUAAAGCCAAAUGAUCCUAAAGUUGUAGGCAUUGCAAAAUUUGCAGUACAAGAACGCAAUAAGGAGGCUAAAACCAACUUUAAACUUGUAAAAGUGAAUGCAGGAGGAACUGAUCCAAUUCCUGAUGGUGUUGUAUAUCAACUGUAUAUCAGUGUCACUGAAGCAAGUGUUUCAACAACUCGUCUUGUGAUUGUUCUUGUGCAUAAAGAUAAUACCAAAGAACUUCUUGCUUUUGAGUAA